AACACUUGACAUGGUGCUACCAGAGAACUCAUCCCGUAUAGUUACAUUUUUUUUAACUGAAAAUUUUAUUUUUAUGUGUUUGUGCUCUUUCUUGAAUAUUUCUUAGUGCUGCACUUAUAAUCCUUUUGCUAUUUGCAUAAAAAUUCAGAAUAUUAAAAGAAAUGUGUUUUGAUAAAAUAAUAUGUAUUGCCUAUCAGCCAGCUACUGGUUCGUUGCUAGGAAUGUCAUAUCCCGGAUACCCUAGGAAUGUCACAACACGGAUACCGUCCGUGUAUUUGAAUUUUUCAUCGAAAUUUUAAUGAGUAAUUUUAUUUUAUGCAGUGUUAAGGGUUUCAUUUGCUUUCAACACAUUCUCUAUGGGAGAAUGGUUUCCAUAUUAACUGUAACUUUUGAUAGUGUUGUUAGCCGUUUGUUGUUUAAACUAAAGUUCAUUGUUAAAAACAUUUUAAAAAUAUGGAAAAGGUAUAAUUUUUUUUUUACCAAUAAAGUUUUCUGUAAAACCCAAUUUAAUAUACCAAUUACGUUUACUUGUAAUUUACCAUAUCUAUUAAAUGAGUUUUGGUCGGUUAGUUUAGCUUUUAACAAUACUGUAUAAUCGUGAGAAAGGUCUCUAGAUUAUCUUAAUUAAAAAAAAACAUUGUGUGGACGAUUAGUUCGGGUAGGUUAGGUUAACUACAUUAUAAUUAUGUUUAAAUUGUUUGGUUUGUAGGUUAGUUACCAUUAGGUUAGAUAUACUGAUACAGUAGAACCCUGUUAUAAUAUUCCUGCAGAUAAUGUUUUCCUGCUUAUAAUGUCAUAUUUUUAAAGUCCCAAUAUUUCCCCCAUAAGGACAAUGUAUUUAUUUCCUGCAUAUGACGUUCAUAAAUAGUGUAAUUUCCUGCUUAUAAUGUUUGCUUUCUAACAUUCAAUAAAUGGGGAAAAAAUGUUUUGAAACCAAAUUAUUCCAACACUUAUAAAAAGUUUCCUUUAUGGGUAAAUAUUUACAAUCGCGGUAGAUGCCAAAAAAAAUGCUAAAAAUCUGAAAAUACUUCUAUUCUGUGCCCUUUCACUUCCUCUUUUCAAAACAACCGGCGGAGGUAAGAAAUUCCAAAUACUUUAGGAGAUAUCGAAUUUUUUAAUUUCAUUAUAUGUAGAGUCGCGGUAGAUGCCAAAAAAAAAUGCUAAAAAUCUGAAAAUACUUUUAUUCUGUGCUCUUUCACUUCCUCUUUUGAAAUCAACCGGCGGAGGUAAGAAAUUCCAAAUACUUUAGGAGAUAUCGAAUUUUUUAAUUUUCAUCACAAUACCUGCGUAGUAUGCGGCGAUGCCCAUUGUUUCUUGUCAUAGAUAAGGUUUCUUGUUUACGAGUAUCAUGUUUCUUAUUGGACAAUUUUGUCACGUGACUGUUCCGUGAUUGGCCAGUAUUGAAAUGAACCAAUACGUGAUUAUUUAUUCAUUUAUUGUUCAAUACGAUGUUUAAUUAAUCGGUCAACUUCUGACGUGAAUGACUACAUCAUUUCCUUAUAGUGACAAAGGAAAUGUACCCGCCUCCAACUUAGGUGAGUUUUUAACGUUUCUAAUUUUAAAGUAUUUUUUUUUUUUUUUGGAUAUUGUUGCGCAAGUAAUAAGUAAAAAAAAAAAGUACGUGAGUUGUUGAUGUUCAUCAUUUGUCCGGGUUUUGUUAGGUCAGGUCAGUUACAUUAUAAAUAAUUUAAAACUAAAGAACCAUUAAAUUAAAUUCACAUUAUUUUUAAUGUUCGCUUAGUUUGAAAGUAUUUAUAAUGUAACUGACCUGACCUAAUCGACCAUUUUAUUUAUUACGCAUUCACUAACACACAUCAAAAUAAAAAAUGGCGACGUUCGAAGGGUUAAACGGGCGUUGUAUUGCUAAAUUAAAAAAUUCGAUAUCUCCUAAAGUAUUUGGAAUUUCUUAUCUCCGCCGGUUGAUUUGAAAAUAAGAAGUGAAAGAGCAUAGAAUAAAAGUAUUUUCGGAUUUUUAGCAUUUUUUUUGGCAUCUACCGCGAUUGUAAAUAUUUACCCCUUUAUGUAUGUUUAUGUUUACAAUCACUGCCAUGCAAUACAUGAAGUUUGUUAAAAUACAAUUUUAUGCAAUAUACUGAAGGUACACAAUGUUCAUAGUUACGUGUCAGUUGGCACCCUUAGUCAACACUUCUCUUCCUUGCCAUUCCAGUGGGUAUUCAGAUGCACGUACAUAGUCCUACGAUAUUUAAGUUUCCAACCAUUGAGCGAGGGCAUAACUAAAAGUGGUUUCUAUUGCUUACAAAUAAUUAUUUUUUUUAUUCAUACGUAGAAAUCCCAAAAUUAAACAUUUUCAGGUGGCGAAAGAGUAGACUUUCUCAUUCUUCUUAUCGUGAGACAAUUUUACAAAAAAUGUGGCAGUGUAUCUUUAAAGACAAACAAAAUUUACCAGGGAACAAGACGAAGUUGAAAAUUGUUGGCUUGUUUCAGAAAAUUCAUGUAUCAAGUAUACUAUCUUUGGUUUUAACAUUAAAGUUGUUUACAUAUUUUGGUGAGUCCAUUGGUACAAAGCUCAAACAUUGUUAAGUGCUAAAUUGAGAUUUCCUGCUUAUAAUGUUUUCCUGUUUAUAAUGUUUUUUUCUUGUGCUCCCUUGAAAAACAUAACAGGGUUCUACUGUAAUACUUUGAAAUUGUUUGAACGUAUAGUCGGGAAUUAUAGUGCAGCUAACCUAUGAAACCGUUCACACAUACAGUUUAUUUUUUUAUUCAUCUAACUGAACUUAAGCACAAAUUAUUAAGAUUUUUUUUAUGGUACAAAAUCUGUCAGCCAAGGUGUAUACACUUUUUGUACUAUUGAAAUCUACAUGUACUUGCUACUUUUAAAAAUCCGUACUCUUAGAUUUAAGGUUUUGCUACCAUUUGACUGGCCUGGCUUAAGCAUCCGACCUUUCCAACUGCACUAAUUGGAAGUUGUUUGUGGUUUACUCAACAGACUGUGCAGGCAGCAAAUGAAGACUUGAUGGUGAAGCAGGAGCCCAGUGAGAUAGUUUUCCCUCUAAUCAAGGAGGAGUCAGCGAAUAAACUGCCGGCAAAUGGAGACGUCUGUAUGAAGCAGGAGCCGAGCGAGCUGGGUUUCCCGCCAAUCAAGGAGGAGUUGGAUGAACCACCGGCAGAUGGAGACGUCUGUGUGAAGCAGGAGCCGAGCGAGCUGGGUUUCCCGCCAAUCAAGGAGGAGUUGGAUGAACCAUCGUCAGGUGCUGGGGUGACAUGGCUGGUGGUUGUGGUGCAGUGUGAAGAUAGCUGGCAGCCAGAACCCCGCAGUUCCUCUGCCAGCCAGGACUACACUCUGUGCAAGCAACAAGUGAAGGAGGAGAUAACUAUAGAAGAGCACCCUAUAGUUGCAGCCACAGCAGCUGUAUGGAAUGAACCACACAGCUGUGUGGGUUACCAUGGCAACACUUCAUCAGGAUGCAUGGGCCACAGAUCCCAAGACUCACCAGACACCUGCAUCUUAAUCAAGCCAGAAGUGACUAACACUAACCCCAUGAAAUUAUCAAACCACACAAACUGUCACCCUGGAUCAACGGAAAAUUAUUGUGUUAGCAAUUGUAUACCGAUACAGCAGCGCACUAAUACACACACAGGCCAAAAACGUUUCUUGUGUCAAUUAUGUUCUGCUAAGUUUAGCAAGUCUUCUCAUCUCAAGCAACACUCUCUUACACACACUGGAGAAAAACCUUUCUCUUGUACUGUAUGUACUGCUAAGUUUAGCAAAGCUAGUUCUUUGAAGCAGCAUUCUCUUACACACACUGGAGAAAAAACUUUCUCAUGUACCGUAUGUACUGCUAAGUUUAGCAAAGCUAGUUAUUUGAAGCGGCACUCUCUUACACACACUGGAGUAAAACCUUUCUCUUGUACUGUAUGUACUGCUAAGUUUAGCCAUGCUAGUUCUUUGAAGCGGCACAAUCUUACACACACUGGAGUAAAACCUUUCUCUUGUACUGUAUGUACUGCUAAGUUUAGCAAAGCUAGUUCUUUGAAGCAGCAUUCUCUUACACACACUGGAGAAAAAACUUUCUCAUGUACCGUAUGUACUGCUAAGUUUAGCAAAGCUAGUUAUUUGAAGCGGCACUCUCUUACACACACUGGAGUAAAACCUUUCUCUUGUACUGUAUGUACUGCUAAGUUUAGCCAUGCUAGUUCUUUGAAGCGGCACAAUCUUACACACACUGGAGUAAAACCUUUCUCUUGUACUGUAUGUACUGCUAAGUUUAGCAAAGCUAGUUAUUUGAAGCGGCACUCUCUUACACACACUGGAGUAAAACCUUUCUCUUGUACUGUAUGUACUGCUAAGUUUAGCAAAGCUAGUUCUUUGAAGCAGCAUUCUCUUACACACACUGGAGAAAAAACUUUCUCAUGUACCGUAUGUACUGCUAAGUUUAGCAAAGCUAGUUAUUUGAAGCGGCACUCUCUUACACACACUGGAGUAAAACCUUUCUCUUGUACUGUAUGUACUGCUAAGUUUAGCCAUGCUAGUUCUUUGAAGCGGCACAAUCUUACACACACUGGAGUAAAACCUUAUACUUGUACUGUAUGUACUGCUAAGUUUAGCCAGGCUAGUAAUCUGAAGACGCACUCUCUUACACACACUGGAGAAAAACCUUUCUCAUGUACCGUAUGUACUGCUAGGUUUAGCCAGGCUAUACAUCUGAAGACGCACACUCUUACACACACUGGAGUAAAACCUUAUACUUGUACUGUAUGUACUGCUAGGUUUAGCCAGGCUAGUUCUCUGAAGCAGCACUCUCACACACACACUGGAGUAAAACCUUUCUCUUGUACUGUAUGUACUGCUAAGUUUAGCCAUGCUAGUUCUUUGAAGCAUCACACUCUUACACACACUGGAGUAAAACCUUAUACUUGUACUGUAUGUACUGCUAGGUUUAGCCAGGCUAUACAUCUGAAGACGCACUCUCUUACACACACUGGAGAAAAACCUUUCUCUUGUACUGUAUGUACUGCUAGGUUUAGCCAGGCUAGUAAUCUGAAGAAGCACUCUCUUACACACACUGGAGAAAAACCUUUUUCUUGUACUGUAUGUUCUGCUAAGUUUAGCACGUCGAGGUAUCUUACGCGGCACUCUCGUACACACAAAUGAGAAAACAUUUUCUCGUGUUGAGUAUUUCUGCUAAAUUUAGCCAACAUUUUGGUCUGAAGAGAUUGUUCCUACAUUCAAUGGAGAAAAACCUUUAAAAAAAAUUAUAUUUUUAUAAUUUUUUAUUUAUUUAUAUUUUAUAAUCUCAUGUUAUAGAUCCACUUUCUAUGUUAUACAUUUACAUUGAAAUCUCAUUAGUACAAAUCUGAGGGUUCAGAAAAUUAACCACUUUGUAAUAAUGAGGUUUGUAAUAACCAUACGUUUCCACAUUGCACAUGCAAUAUUGUUCUGUUUGUCAAAACAAAAUUAGAAUAUGUACAUUUGUUUAGUACAGUUUACUACAAUCCGCAUAAGAACAUUCUCCUAAUUAAUAACAUGAUUGGCAUACAUAAAAGUUAAUACUAAUUUAUUACGGGUUUAGUAUUUUGCUACAACUUAUAUAGUACCUACUGAGAAUAUUUUGGUAAAAAAAAAUAACUAUUUGGUUUGCUUUUAAUUUUUAAUAAACACUUUGAACAAUGCUACACAUACUUUGAUUGUUUCAUUGACAAUAUUGCUGGAAAGUAUAAAUUGAGGGAAAACUUAUAAAACUCAUCUAACACAAAGUACCUCAUGUCCGGUAUGUAUUCUUUGUUUAACAUAUACUUUCGCUUUACAUAAAUUCAGAUGGUAUGCCCAAAAUGUUGACGUAAAAAACUACAAAAAGUUAAAUUUUUUUAAAAUUAUUUAAUUUACUUUAUUUGUUUUGCACUAGUCUUGUGAAUCAGAUCCAUUCUAGUCCGGACAUCCGGUUAAUCUGGACAGAUUUAUAAAUAAAUAAUAAAAGAUGAUAAUUAGAGGCACUGGAAAAUAGCGUUUAUAAUGGCUGUUCGUAGCAUUUAUAUUUUGCCAUAUAGCAUUUAUAUAGAUUUAAUUUUAAUUCUUCUUCCAGUUUAUGCGGAUGUUGCAAGCUUUGCACAUAAGUAUGUUAGGCUGUGUUCCAAAUAGGUAAACAUGCGUGCUCACGUACUCGCUCUCGGAAGUGACGUCACGAGAGUGUUGUUCCAUAUAGUCGAGUGCGAGCACGAGAACGAGUGCGCAUAUCGAGUGCGAUUGAAUGCAUGCUCGUUGUGUACUCUCGUAACCAUUGUUUGUUUACGUUUACGUCUGGACUAUUGAUCUAAAACAAUGGCAAAUGAACAAUGCACGUUUCAUUGUAAGUACCUGUUCGUAAUUAAACAACACGCGAUGUAUUCAUGUGUACCUCCAGUACCAAUCAUUGCUGCAAGGAUCGUGUUAUAAUUAAGGUUAUGUUACCCGUCUCCUGUUUAUUGCCUGGACAAUGCAACGUAACCGUUGCCGUCGUAAACGUCUCUGUUGUUGGUUUACUACCAUUAGGGCCGCAAUUGCUCCUACUGCGUGUUCCAUUGUCACAAAUCAAAACCUACACAUAAACACACGUCGCGUCGCCGCCUAUCACAUGGGUGUGUUUACUUUGGAGUAUGGUUGUGUUCCAAAUGGCGAGCACGCAUGGAGCAUGUACUUUGCACGCAAGGAAUUGUGGGUGUGAGUAUGAGCACGAGUGCAAGUGCGAGAGUGGAUUAUUUGGAACACAGCCUUAGUGUCACUAACAUAGAAAUGGUGCGACUUGUAUUGCUCUGCACACUGCACGUGAAUGUACGGUAACAGAUUUUGUCCGUCCUAUUAUGGUAAAAAAAAUAUUUUAUAGUUCUAACUGCAUUGAACGCGAACGCGAUACAGAAAACCGACUUUAAUAACCUUAAUUUUAUUGUGAAUUGCAGCGCAAUAUUUUAGUUUCACAGAUUACCGUUUUUUUUUCGGGUUAGGAAAUUAGGUAAACACUAGGUACGUUCAACAAAUGAGCGACAAAAGCAGAGAGCUACAUUGCUGCCAUAUUUUUUUCCCGUUAAAGUGCUAUUUAAUUUGACUGAAGUAGAUUUUUGUAAUUUUUUUUGUAGUUGCCAAAUAUAAGCUGCGUGUGUUGUAAACUUAAGUUAAUGUAGUUUUAUAUUUUAGUUGUCAUUUAACAGUAAAUAGUUUGAUUGCUUGUGUUAAUAUCACGCACGCACAUGUUGGCAAACAUGGCCACUUCAAUGUUUUCACUUUCUUUUCCAUGAAAAUAUUCAUGCACGUAAAUAAACGUCUCACUUUAAUCGUUUACAUUUGUUUGGGUCGUACGUUACGUUUGCCGUUAACCAAGUUUCCGCGCGAGCCUAUGCGUAUUUAAAUUGUGUUUCGUGUUAUUUACAAGAUUUAUAGAUCGUGUUGAUUGUUUACAUGGCUCGCCAUCGUCACCGUUUAUUAAGUAAUCUUCAAACACGGUAAAAAGAUGCAUAAAAUAAAGAUUGUUCUUAAUUGUAUGAGGUUAGGCCGUUAAUAAUAAGAGAUGUUUUAUUUAAAAAUACUAGGUAAACCUAAAAUUUACUGGAAGUUUUAAUAUUGCUUGAAAUUUUAAUAAUUACUUCUCAAAACGGGAUUGUAGCGUUUAUUCGUCGGUAAACUAUUUUGUCGCUUUUAUUCGCGCCUAUAUCGUUUUUACGAUUUUUCAGUGCCUCUGAUGAUAAUAGAUGUUGUGGCACUGGAAAAGAAGACAAUACAAUUCUAAGAUAAGAAAGGGUCAGCCUGCCCACAGUUGCCGGAAGUCUUGCCACCAGUUUUCCACUCAUCGCCUGUAUUCAGGGGAGUGACUCGCUCUAUACCUGCGAGUUGUUUUGUUUUGUUCCCUACAGUGAAUGUGCUUGUGACAGUUAUUUUUAUUGAGUCCCAGUGUCUUAUUGUGUGCACCUAUUAAGAGCAACGUAAUGGCUACUAAACAUAAGAAAGUGACUGUAACAAUGGAGCAAAAGCACCAAGCCUUAUUUUGUAUUGAUGCAGGUGAAUCUUUAACUAGAAUCGCGCAAGAUUUGGUAGUGGGAAAAGAAACUGUUUCUGAUGGGGAAUAAAUCGGAAUGGAAUUGAAGAUUUUGUGCGAAAAUGGUGAACAAGGACAGUCUGGGUAACAGGGCACUUUAGAGUAAAUCCAUUUGGGAUGACACCAUUGCUACUGUAUUUGCAGAGGAAAGUCAAGUUAUUGGAACACUGAGAUUGGAGGGUCAUUAUUUUUUUUGCAGUGUCCAAUAUCAGUCUGAUUGUGCCUGAUGAAGGGAACAGAUAUCAGUUCCCGAAACGUCACAACUGUUCUCAUUGGAAAUGUUCUGUUUUAGUCAUUGCUAUCAUCGUUGUUUUGUCCAUAGAACUUUUUUACCUUCAUCGCUGUGGUUAUAUGUUUGCUGCAUUGUCCAGGUUUGUUUUCAGCUUUCAUUUAAUAUGUCUCGUCGUUGUAAGCCCACUGUGUUGGUCUGAGUUGUUGUAUUACUUUUUCCAUGACUAAGUUCCUUCAACGGAAUUCUUGUGCUGUAUGAUAUUUAUAUGUUAAACAUUUUAUGUCCAUGCUAUUGUCUUUGUUUUGCCAUAUGCUUGUUGGUGUCAUCGUUGACUCCGUUUAUCCCACAUAAGCUGAUUUGGUCUUGUUUUCUGUGAAUUUUUAUCUUAAUAUUUUUAUAUAUUUUUUGAUUUUCAGAAUUUUUCCUAUGACUAACAGUGCAACACUGCAUUGGUGUAUUUCCAAAAAGCUGAAUUAAAUUAUAGACAGUCAUUGUAGUGUCAGUUUCUUAGGUAUUUUACAACUUGAGAGUGCUUUUUACUAUGACUAUUUGAGUUUACCAAAUAUUUUCCUGGGUAGUUUCACUUUCAAAAAGUUUCAUUUGAAACACCAAUAUGUGUGUCCCCUUAUGUUUACUAUAAUGUGUGUGUGUGUGUGUGUGUGUGUGUGUGUGUGUGUGUGUGUGUGUGUGUGUGUGUGUGUGUGUGUGUGUGUGUGUGUG